AUUUCCGUAAACAAAGGACGCUGUGGCUGCGCUGGGGGCUGAGCUGCGACCCUGGCUCUAGAUGCAUCCGGAGAGUCUGCAGCCGCGGCUGCUGCGGCUUCAGAAGUUCGGGGGCGUGUGCAAGUGAAGGGAGAGGACCUCCAUCCCCUUCUGCCACAGGGCCCCCGAAACUGGCCUUGGCACAGUAAAGAACUGAAACCAAUGGAGGAGCGGAGAGUGAAGAGGAGAAGUCCUAAGUCAUUCAGUGCCCACUCGACUCAGGGGGUCAAUGCCAAAAAAAAUGCCAUUCCAGUGAGUAAAAGCACUGGAUUUUCAAAUCCUGCUUCCCAGUCAACGUCGCAGCGGCCAAAGUUAAAAAGAGUGAUGAAAGAAAAGACCAAACCUCAGGGAGGAGAAGGGAAGGGUGCCCAGGCCACGCCUAUUCAGCACUCCUUCCUCACUGACGUCUCGGACGUCCAGGAGAUGGAGAGGGGCCUUCUCAGCCUCCUGAAUGACUUCCAUUCUGGGAAACUGCAAGCGUUCGGAAAUGAAUGUUCCAUUGAGCAGAUGGAACAUGUUCGGGGAAUGCAGGAGAAAUUAGCUCGCUUGAAUUUGGAGCUCUAUGGGGAGUUAGAGGAGCUUCCCGAGGAUAAGAGAAAAGCCGCCAGUGACGCCAAUCUGGACAGACUUCUGUCUGAUCUAGAAGAAUUGAACUCUUCCAUACAGAAACUCCAUUUGGCCGAUGCCCAAGACGUUCCGAACACUUCUGCCAGCUGAAAUGAAGCGCAGUUGCUUCCUUGGGGUCUGAGGAGAACAGGCGUUCUUUAUUUUUCCAGCUGAAUCCAGUAGCAGAAUCAUCCUCCGCAACAAGGAAUUAAAAUGAUUAGUGCCAUGAUUUGAUUUUUUUUUUCCCGUGUUCUGCUGUGAGUCCAUUUGACUUGCUUAUAGUUCACCAUCGCUGGGGACAGGCGCUGCUGAAGGAAAUGUGAUUCCAGGCUGGCUGCUCUGCUGCUUCUUGUUGCCUUAUGGGUUAUACUUGAAAUGUCUUGUGCUAAAUGUUGUGGAUAGGGCUGGCGGAUUUAGCCUUCCUGGGCUCACCAAACGUGCUCGAGUGUCGUUCCUAAGUUGAUGACGCGUGGGCUUCCUGUGGCAGCCUGCCUGCAGUUUACAUUAGACAAUCAGUACACAUGCCGGGGUGUGUGCCAAUGGCCAGUGACUACGAAAUGAGCUAUUAAGUAUUUGUGAAAUUUGCUAUUUUUUAAUAAAGUGAUUGUUUUCAA